UAAUAACGGACAUAUCCCAGUCCAAGUUUUAUAAUACAACAAACCAUAAUGUUAUCCUAUUAAUGGAAGAUUCUGAUACACCGCCAGGAUUUGUCAGAUUACGCCUCCUGACACCAACUGAACGGAAAAUCACGAAAUCUUGUCUUGUUCUCUGUAAUGGUAGAGUUUAUUUAUCUAGUCGUCUGUGGAGAGAAAGAUAUUUUCAGUUCAGAAAUAAGAUAGAUCCAUACUCUGAUAAAUUCAGAAUCCAUGGUCCUUGUAGUAGUGGAUUCUGUGGACCUAUUGAAUUCGAUGAAGCAUGUUGUUUAGCCACUAUUCCUUGGUCUAAACUAUUAGGAAGUUGGGUUGACAGAUGCCAGAGACACACCUGGCCGCCGGUAUCUGUGUUAGAAGAGUUUCGAAAAAACGAAUGUCACUGUGUGCCUAUUGGUAGUAAAGUUGGAUCGACUUUUAACAAAUUGGAAUGGAGAUUAUCAUUCUCUAAAGCCGAGCAACAACUAGUGUGUACCAUGAAUCAUACCCAGUUUUUAUGUUACGGACUCCUGAAAAUAUUUCUCAAGGAAGUUAUCAAUUGCUUGGAGGAUAAAUUACUAUGUUCAUACUACUUGAAGACCACAAUGUUCUGGAUGAUGCAAUUAGGACAAGUUAGAUGGUGCCCGAACAACUUACUGAAUUGCUUUUGGAGGUGUUUAAAAUAUCUUCUUCAUUGUGUUUAUGGUGGAGUUUUUCCGAAAUUUUUUAUUCCACAGAACAACAUGUUCAUAAACAAAGUAGUAGGUGUUACACGUGAAUCCCUUUUACAACAGCUUUAUCAGUAUUACAGAAUCGGCGUGUCCUGUCUACUGCUGAGUCCAACUCUCAGAUCAGUCCUAGAACCAGCCCUCAGUAGCCCGUCAUUUGUGCUAUCUCCUGCUGAGGGAGAAUUCAGAAGUAUUGCAGAUUUAGAUAAAUGUGGCAUGAAGGAAAUAUCUGAAUUAUAUUUUUAUCUGAAACAUAAUCUAGACUGUUAUCUUUACUUCAAAACAAUUAGCAAACUAUUUUGGUUAUCAGUCUCACCAUACCAGAUGUUAACUUUACAGCACUGUGCUGCUCAGACUCUUGUUAGUUUAGCUUUCAUGUUGACAAAUAGUGCUUCAUGGUCCACGCAUAAAAAUAUCUAUAACUUAGAUUUAAUAAUUUGUGGCAUAUUGAAAAUGGCAGCAAGAUCAGGUCCUGUGUCUCAUUUACUGUAUCUGGCAUUGUAUUACUAUAGAACAGGGAGAUAUAAUAAGACAGUAAAUAUCAAUUAUCUCACUAAGCGAAGACUUUCACAGGACUUUAUUAUGUAUAUUGAAAAUGUUAAUAGGCAAAGGUACAAUGAGACUUUAGGUUAUUUGCCAUUAAUUCGAAGAACGAAGAUAGCUUGGGUAUACCAUGUGUUUUUAUUUCAAGAUUUCCGCUAUAUUGAGGAAUUAUGUUUAGAACAAAAUGUGAGUCAAGAACACGGAAUGCCAAACCUACAGUUAUCACCUUUUCUUUUAGUAGAUAUGUUGUCUGUUUUAUCUCACUAUAGACUGGGUAAUAGAUCUCAGUGUUUACAGUCACUGACAGACCUACAGACGCUACUGCUUUAUGAUGAUGGGACAUAUGUUCCUUUAAAUUUCAGAGACCUAUCCUGGCAGAUACUAGGAAUCUGUCAACAUGUUGUGGGAGACUUACACGGGGCUUUAAUGUCCUAUGAAGAGUCGCUCAGACAGAAACCGCAUCACAGAAUAAAAGAAGCUACAGUUAUUAGAAUAGAAUGCGUCAAACAACAAUUACAGAGAAAGUAACACACAUAAAAAAGGCUCUUAAUGUUUCUGUCGAACGUAAGUUAAAGAGUUGUAGACCUCAAAUCCUGGCAUAUUUGUUUGAUAAAAUUGUAAGACACACUUAGAUAA